AUGUCACGCCGGCAUGCUGGCAAGCGCGCACACACGUUUGUCAAUUACGAGACGUAUUUUUCUUAAAUUUUACAGUGAAAAUACAAUCGAUUUAAACGAAAUAUAAUACUUACCAUGACCUUGCCAUAUCGAUGUAUUUGGGUCCAACGAAUUUAACAACAGGAUUCUCUGAACCAGGCAUUUUGAUAACUUUUCAGUGAACCAAACCAAAUUCUAUUUUUUCCGAUAUUGCAAUGCACAUGCGCAAUAACAGGAGGUCACCAUCGUCACGUCAUCGAGGAUCGGAGAAACUUUAAGUUUAAUAUUCCAACGUUAGGCCUAAGUGACAAGUUAGAUCUACUUUCGUGUUUCAGAAAAUGGGGAAACUAAAUGUAUCGAUGUUACGUUACCUUUCAAAAGAGGACUUUCGUGUUCUUACAGCACUCGAAAUGGGGAUGAAGAACCAUGAGAUAGUCCCUUCAAACUUAGUUGCAUCGAUUGCUAAUCUUCGUCAUGGAGGAUGCCAUAAAGUCCUGAAAGAGCUUGUCAGAAAUAAACUGAUUGCUUGGGAGCACGGAAAAGUUUCUGGAUAUCGGCUAACCUAUCCCGGGUAUGACUAUCUUGCAUUGAAGGCUCUUGCUGCCCGCGAUUCAGUGGCAUCGGUUGGCAAUCAAAUAGGAGUCGGCAAAGAAUCAGAUAUCUACAUCGUUGCCAAUAAUGAUGAUGAACAGUUGGCUCUCAAGUUACAUAGACUUGGGAGGACGUCAUUUCGUAAACUGAAAGAGAAGCGUGACUAUCUUGGAAAGAGAAAGAAUGCAUCUUGGCUCUACUUAUCUCGCCUUGCUGCUAUGAAAGAGUUCGCAUUUAUGAAGGCUUUGUAUGAUCAUAGCUUCCCUGUACCUAAACCAAUAGACUUCAACAGACAUUGUGUGGUCAUGGAACUCAUGAAUGCAUAUCCAUUAAAUCAAGUGCACACGAUAGAAGACCCUGCCUCAGUGUAUGAUGACCUGAUGAACCUGAUUGUGAGAUUAGGUAAUCACGGUCUCAUCCAUGGUGAUUUUAAUGAGUUUAAUCUCAUGCUCGAUGAUCAGGAUCAAAUCACUCUCAUUGACUUCCCUCAGAUGGUCUCCACAUCUCAUGAAAGUGCAGAAUGGUAUUUUAACCGUGAUGUACAGUGUGUCAAGGACUUCUUCAGUAGAAGAUUCAACUAUGAAAGUGAACUCUACCCAAAGUUUUCAGAUAUAAUAUGUGAAAACACCUUGGAUGUGGACGUAGCAGCUAGUGGUUUCUCAAAAGAGAUGGAACGAUCACUACAAGAGGCUACUGCUGCACUGAAGGAGGAUGGUGAUGAUGAAGAUUGUGAUACAGAUGAUGAAGGAGAAGAAGAUGAAGAGGAGGAUGAGAAAGGAGAUGAAGAAGAGAUGGAGAACUCUAUCGAUAGACUCAAAGAUAGCAGUGGUGAAGAAAAAAAUUGUGAAGACCUUCAAGCUUCCAGGGAAGGCCAGUCAUCAGAACUAGCCUCUUCUACAGUAAAGAAAGAUUUUAGUGACAAUACAGAAAAGCAUAUGAGUGGGACUGAUGAAAGAAAAGACAAUGAUGCUGAAGAGCAGUCCAUUAUAGAUGGGACUGAGGAAGUUGAGAGUGGAGGAGAGAAAGAAAAUGAUAGCGAAGAUGAUGAUCUUGAAGACAUUGGUGCAUCUAACAAGCAGUACAGACCGCAUCGGAGUGAAGCCAGCAUGUCAAAGGUCAAUGCUCACUCAAUGAAUGCCAGAUCAAGGAAUAGUGAUAGCGUCAGCUCCUAUGCAUCUACUUCCUCGACGAUGGACCCUGCCCUUGUGAGGUCAAAGGUCAGGAGUAACUUGCAGAAGAAGCAGAACGCCGCAGUGAGGCAUAGGUUAGCUAGGAAAGGAGAAGCAGCUCAGACAACCGCUAAGAGGAGAGAAAAUAGGGACAAUGUUAAACAGAGUCUUGGAUCCAUCUGGUAAUGAAGAAAGAUGUACACAAGACAGCACUAUUUUAUUAGAACAAUAUUUUAAACACAUCAUGGAUGCUAUUAGAAAUGAGAAAAACUCAUGAUUUGAAGUCUGUUUACCUUUCCAGUUAUUGCCACCUUCAUUCUCAAUACAAUAUAUAUUGUAUUUGUAUUAUCUUGAUAUCUUCUGAUGAAAAUACUACAUAAUCAAAUACAGAGUUUUGUCUAUUAAAUAAUUAUUGUAUUAAAUGUUAAAACAUGAAUCCCCUCAUUCCCAAAUAUAGGAUUUGCUGUCUGAGGAGUUGGUUAUAUAAAGGAUGUUCAGUAAAUCUACUGACAAUGAUUGAUAUUUGGAGUAUGCAAAUCAUAUUUUUAAGUGGGAUAUAAUCAUCUAAUGAAAACUAUCCUUCAUAUUGUUGAAAAUGCUGCUUGAUAAUUGGGUUCUCUUGCUUAUAUGAUGAUGGCUCCAAAAUAGUUUCCAACACACACACUGUAUUCCUUUGACCUUGGAACCAAGCUUCCCCAUCCCUAUACCAAGGAGUAACUCCUUGUUUGAACAAAAGAAAGAUAGCAGCAAGUGAAGUAUAGGAAGCAUGGUCUGGUGAUUCUGAUGCUUUCAGAGGGUUGUUAGUCCAAAUACCAGCCGUGGCAUGUUUUGCUGCACUAAACCCAGGUGAAAUGAUUGGGUACCUGGCAGGGUUUAUUUCUUUUUAAAUUUCUUUAGCCCAUUGCCAACUGGAACCAGAUGAUACCUGAACAAAGUCUAUGGGAAUUACAGUAUUCAGUAGUCAAUUGUUUAAUAGUAGGAGCUACUCUAUAGAAAUUGACCUACCGUAUUACCAUAUCAUUACAGAUAUUAGUAUUAUGUUACAUAUUGGAAAGUCAUUCCUCAAUAUUUUGUAAACACUUUUAUCAUUUGCAAGCUUCUAAGUAAGUGAAAUAUUACAGUAUCAUUGGCAAAAUUAAAUUUGUUGUAGAAUAUGUUAAUUUUAUAGGACUACCUUGUUUUCUUUUAAAACGGGGCACAGAUUUUAUUCGAACUUUAACAUAUGUGACAAACUUUUUCCUUUAUUCAGCAGAUUUCAGAGUAAUUAAAUGUUUCAGGUAAAAUCAGGAGAUAAAAGAUGAAUGUAAAAUGCCUCGAAAACUAAGCUUUGAAAGUCUUCUCUCUGUAUUUCAGGAAAAUAAAAUUAGUAUGGACAUUUUCCCCACCUAUCCAAGCAGGGGUUCUGUACCAAGACUUUAUACCCAUUGUGCAUUCAAAUUUUGAAACUUGCAUCUCUGAUAGAAAUAACAUCAGUGGUUAUGGAUCAGAAUCAUUGAGAUUAUUUUCAACAUUUCACAUCACUUUCUUGUCAGCAUAUAAAGGUAGAGGUAGGGUAAAGAUCAUUUGAUCAUUGAGGAUCCACUUUUUAUCAAUUUGUAAGGUACCAUUUCUGAUAAUCAUCAAUAUGAAUAAAUUCUUGGUACUGCAAAAUUUGAAAGUAGCAUGAGCCCUGGCAUCUAUUGUUUUAUUUUACAUAACUUUGUUGUUUCUGUUAUUUUGCUCAUUCAUGUGAUUUUACUCUACAAAUUAAUUUCAGAUAUAUUCUUUUUAUUGACUGAAAAUUCUUACAGAUGGAAUAUUUAUGAUUAAAAAGCAAGAUUUAAAAUGUCCAGUGUAGGAUUCAGAUAAAAUGACAGAUAUGAAUAGUGUAAUUAUGAACUUUUCAAGUAUUGUUAGGGCGCUUUGUUUCAUUGAAAAUGAAGAUUUAUUAUGGUGAUAGUGAUACUGUACUUUUGUUAGAAUUAUGAUUAUCAAAAAUAUUAAGUAUGAAAAUGUUAGGUUUAGAAUAUGAUGGUUAAGAUGAUGGUGGUGAUGAUAUUGAUGAUGAAGAUGAUGGUAAUGUUGAAGAUGAUGAAGAAGGUGAUGGUUAUGAAGAUGCUAUGUUGCAAAGUAAUAAGAUGAAAGUAAUCUCAGUACCACUUUAGAUUGAUGUUCACUGCCAUUCACCUGCUCUCAUUCAGGGGAGCGUUUCAUCAAAGGACCUUUCAGACAUUUUUUCCGACAGUCGCCAUGUCAACUAUGCAUCUCAGCCAAUCAAAAUCAAGGAUAGUCAAUCUAACAACUUCUCAGACAAAAAAUGUUGAUGAAAUGCUCCCAGGAUGAAAACAUAAACUGAUAACAUUAUAUGAUCAUGCUUGGAUGUAUCAUGAAUAUUUUCAUAAUGGCUUGAUGAAUGAGUAUGUAGACAAAAGUUAAUAUUAUCACCAUCAUAAUCAUCAACUUUACUAGCACUAACACAACUGAAAAAUAAGUGCUUGUUUAAUUUUUCCUUUUCCAUAUCUGAUUUUGAUUUUUGACAAAUUCUCUUAAAUUUUCUUUUCUCUAUUCAUCAUCACUAUCCGUCAAUGUCAUAAUUAUAUAUCAUAAUCACUACUCGGCAUCAUUAUCAUCCAUUGUUACAAUCAUGACCCUUAUCAGCAACAUCACCACUACCACCACCAUCAGUCAUAAUCAUCAUCAUCCCCGCUAUCGUCACCAUUAGUCAUAAUCAUCAUCACAACAUGAGUAUCAUCAUCACCACCACCAACAUUACUACCAUCAUCUUCACACCACCAUCAUAGUCAUAAUCCUUAAAGCAGAUACGAACCAAUAGUGCCAUCUCAAGUCCUCAACUACUCGUACCUGGCCAGUUUUCUGACGCAUAAUGCUAGUGUAGUCUAGUAAUAUAGACCUACUUGAAUGAUGACAUGCUAAUUAACUACUCAAUACAUUUAUACCGCAAUAGUUAUGUUACCAAGUAGCAAAACAAUUACUUUUCCUCUCAAAACAUUUUAGUUUCUCUAUACAAAUAUAAUUAUAGGUCAAUUUAUUCUCUGUAGUAUAGUAGAUAUCUGAAAAUGUAUAUUUUAAGACUGUAUUUAUAACACACAGUUCACUCCCCCUUUAAGAUUCCUUAUCACCAGCAGCCUUAAUAUCAUUACUACCAUCAUCUUCACAUCACCAUCAUUGUCACCUACAGCAUUAACAAUGGCAUUCACAUAUCCAAUAAUUAAGGCUUCCUCAUUCAUUUAUCAUAUCAUUUUCAAUUUAAUUUAAAUAUCUGAGUAUCAAAUUUAUUGCAGCAUUUCAUGUACAAGCAUUAAUUCCUAAAAUGAUUUUAAAUACCUUAUAUUUCAAGACAAAUAUGCCUUGUAAGUAAACAUAAAAUGUAAUAGAAAGUACAAGUCAUGUUCUCCAAUCAACUUGGAGAACUAAUCCUCACCUAGUGUUCCUGUCCUGUAGCAGUAUGAAAAAACCUUCAUAAGGAAAAUAAUGUGCAAUGUGUCUAAUACUGCUACUGUAAUGCUCAAAAUUUAAUUAUUGGCAAGUUUCAUGUUUUAAAUGAAAAAAUCAUGUUACCCUCCAUUCCUUACCGAUCCUCAUCAUACAAAAGUUACAUACAUGUGAAAUUCAUAAUUUAAAGGGGAAUCCAACCCAAAUAAAAACUUGUUUUUAUAAGAAAAAGAAAAAUCAGACAAGUUGAUAGGUGAAAGUUUGAACAAUAUUGGACAAACAACAAGAAAGUUAUGAAUAUUUAAAAGUUGUAAAUAUUGGUAAUCACUAUACCCAUGGAGACUUCAAAUUGGCCGCAUAUGGGAUGUCAUAGUGAUGUAAGGCAAGGACUACUCUUCCAUGUACUCCAGUACAUAUUAUGGCUAAAAUGUCAUUUUUCCCUAAAGUUUUAUUUCAAAUCAUAUUUUUCUUUCAUGAGGACAUAAAACAAUAUACUACCUGGAUUAUAUUUAGAUUACUGCCCCCAGGGGAAUGGGUACUUAAGAGAAAACCACAAAUCCCUGAUAAUAAAGUACAUGGCCUAUGGGAAAGUUGUCCUUGCCCCUUGUCAUAAUUUACUUACCCAGUUGCCAAUUUGAAAUCUACAUACUAUUAGUGAUCUCAAUUUUAAAGCAGCUAUAACUUUCUUAUUGCUUGUCCGAUUUCUUUCAAACUUUUGCCAUUCUGUUUAAUUUAUUUUUCUCCUUCCCAACACAACAUUAUAUGGCCAAGGCUGGAUUCCCUUUAACUAUCAUCAAGUUUUUACCAUUUUUAUUUAAAUGGGGAAAGGGGUAGACAUCAGACCACCUGGAUUGAAAUUCAUGGAUAAUUUAUACAAGAUGGCGAUAAAAGUGCACAAUGCAUAUUGACACCAACUCAUUCUAAAAGAGAUGCACUAAAUAAUGAAGAGUAGAUGAAGCCCUAGUCGGUACAUUAAAAGUGGUUUUCUAUUUCAUUAAUGAUAUGGAAAACAGGUAUGUAUGAACCAUAUGAUUGAAAUGGUGACAUUGUAAAGGACAUACAAAUGCAAUACAAACAAUAAACAUUUGUGAGGAUUUCAUGAACGAGGUAUCUCUGGAACAGUCAUAACCUGACAUUUCAUAGAGAACAAGUGAGCAUAAUUAUUCUAAUACCCACUCAAGAAGUAUGUUUAAGAUAGUGAUGGGGAACCUUGUUAUUGUAUUUGAUUAACCAUCCACAUCUCACAACCAUGACCUUGAGUUCAAACUUCAAAGACCUUUUCUGUGAAGUACUGAUCCCUGCAACGGCUUGAGUUUGGCUUUGAUCAUAAAUCACCAUUGUAUAAUGAAUUGGGUUUUUUUCUAAUACAGUAGAUAUACAGUAUCUUCAUAAACAAAGUCCUCUAGUGGUAUCCAUGUACAUAGCAAUUAACAAAUAUUAAAAUGUUUCAUCACUUA